AUGCACUCCGCAGCGAAGGUUGCUUGUAAAUCUGAAGCGGUAGCCCGACUCAGGUAUUGGAUAUCUGUUCAGUCAGUAGCACUGAUGGAGAAAAAGCGGCAAAUCCCGAACGCCCGGGAUCAAGGCGGAGCGGAGGAUCAAGGGUUUUUAGCAUGUAUAUCGAUCGUUGUGAUGUCUAAACUGGUGAGCAGAAGACUUCAACGAUCUCAUGUAUCCUGUCCUGAAUGGGACACACAUUCAGUUGCGGGGAAUUCCGCGGAUUACUCAUGGUAUUCAACUGCUAUUGGAACAUCCAGCAAUCACCGUGGGGCCCUUGUCGACAAUAGAGUCAAAGUGGUGGUUUCGGUAGAACAGACACUUUAUGACGUCGUCGAGCUGCUGGAACAACGUCUGGGUCUCUGUUUAUCCGAUUGCCAAUUUUACCUGCAAGAUCGAAUAAAAUUACGAGGUGAAUCUCCGUUGGUGGAACAUUGUGUCGAAAUUUCCGGUCUCGUACAACUGCUCCUAGAGAUAAAAACCGCUCAUGGGGGUUAUCCAAUGCGUUUGAAUGUGGUCGACAUUCAGAUUCCAGAGCAUUUGGAUCAAAGCCAGUCUGGGUAUUCGUCUUCCAAGUCCGGUUUACCAGCCCUCACGUACUCGAAUGCAUCCACAGUGAACUCACUCCAGUCAUCAUAUACCAACAAACCCCGAUCAGAGGAGUCGCGUUUGGCCGCGUCCGAGACCACCGGUUCAAAUGUGACUCAUGCUACCCCGGAUCCACCAUGUAUAUCUCCUCUCAUGGUGGCCGUCGCAACCGCUGCUGCCGCAGAUAUCGCGGCCGGUGGGACAGGUCUUCCUGAUACGGACCCCGAUCAAAUAAAGCAAGAAGCUGUUACAAAUCGUUUGGUUUCGGAUGCAGAUCGCACAUCGCCCGGUGAUACAGAUAUCAGUUCCACUCUCUCCUACUCUUCAUCUAUGCAUAAUAUUGGGUCCAUUUUCCCCAUGCUCCCGACGACCUAUGAUUAUGACAGCGUUGCCCGUUGGGUAGCGGACAAUCAUUAUCGGCGAUUGAUGGAAAUGAACGAUAUUCCCCGUGUCCCAUACCAGCCACAGCCUCCACCAGCCUACACAGUUGCGCAACAAUCUCAACGUCUAUACCGUCAGAUGAGCCGGUCUCGCCUGCGAAAUUCCCGCCACGGUGGCGAUUCCGCUACUACCUUGAAUAGAACGUACAGUGGAAGUGGAGUUCUGUUCACUCCGGCCUAUCCUUCGGCUGUCAACGGGAUUGGCACGAGCAAUUUCCAUACCCGAUUUCUAGGCUCCAAGUACAAUUUUUUGGACGGAGGACAUACGUUCUUACCUAUCUCAAAUACGGUUGCAGCACGUCCAGCUGUUGGAACGUGUGGAUCCCUUGGGCCCGGCAUCACCGGUCUGUUGUCGGUGGUCCCUCCGUCUUUGAGACCAGCAGGUCAGUCUAAUCAGUUGGCCCACCUAACACAAGGGACAAACACACUUUCAACGGUCACUGGUGUAGACAACCCAUCAGCGGUGGCCGCAGCUGCAGCAGCCGCUGCUGCCGCGGCAGCUGCUGCGGCCGCUGGUCAAGUUCAACUGUGGCAAUUCUUGCUCGAGCUGUUGACCGACUGGCGGCAUCGAGAAGCGAUACAUUGGAUCAGCGAUGAUGGUGAGUUCAAACUGAGCAAUCCGGAACAGGUCGCCACCAUGUGGGGAUUACGGAAGAAUAAACCAGCGAUGAAUUACGAAAAACUGUCCCGGGCUCUGCGGUACUACUACGAUGGUGAUAUGAUAUCGAAGGUUCAUGGGAAGCGUUUUGUCUAUAAAUUCAUCUGUGACUUGAAAACAUUACUGGGGUUUUCCGCCGGUGAAUUGUAUUUGCUUGUUAAGAACUGUGCCGAGAAGCAUGCUGCCAGAAAUCGGAAACGACGAGCGGUAGGGUCGUUUGCCACAAAUAACGCAAACGCCAAGGCACCAAUGUCCAAUCACGACCCAUCUGUGUUCUCAAAAUCUGAUUGCCCAAAUCCUUUCGGCUCUAAUCCACUCAAUUUAGACGGAUUUAGCAGCCCACCUUCCCUUCGUCAAUCAUUUGGUUUAUACUCUUCAACCAAUACAGAAUCCAGUUAUCCGUUUUCAGGUCUUGAGGUUGGACCAGGCCUAGAGAGUUUGUAUGAUAGUGGUCUUGAUCCACACGUGAAUUUGCAUGUAUGUACCAACGGGACCAAUGACAGUAGCCUGGAUCCCAACCAUCCAUCCGCAUAUCUAGACACACCAACCAGCCCAUGGCGUCUCCGUCGACAAUGGUGGGUACGCAAUCCCAUAUCAUCUUCACCACCGUCGUCUCCGCUUCCUUACAUUUCUCCGUCCGAUCAUCGAAGAAUGUUAUCCGGUGACUCGAUGGAUCGGUCAUCUUCCAUGGUUCGUGUUAAUAGCACUAAUAAGCAUUCAUUAAACCGGAGCACAAGCAAUGGGAGUACUGGUCGUAUCCCUGCCUCUCAUUUCGCUUUGGAUGAGGAUUGGGUUGCAGCGGCAGCUUUGCGGGAUGAGUUAGCUCAAGACAGCUCAUCAAACCACAUUCGUCGAGUUACUCUUAUGACUAGCCCAGGCCAAUCCACGGUUCGUGUACCAUGCAUAUCGACUUCUCCUCUAACUCAAUCAGUCACAUCGACUGCGACUGCGGCCAGUUUCGAUGACGGGGAGAUAGCGACGGCGGCUGCUUCCUUGCUCAGUCAAGCUGGUUCCGGCGGUCCAUCGCUUCUUGCGGCGCCCGGUUUAACGCCCGAGUAUCCUCAUAAAUUGUGCGGUAUUUCCUAUGAUCGAAGCAUGGAUGAGGACGACGAUGCAGAGGAAGAGGUGGAAGACGAAAUGGUGGAUGGAGUCGUUCCCGUAGGUGCGAUAGCUGAGGAAGACGAUUUAGAUCCCACCCGUCCCGUUUUAUCGUUCAACCAUAACUCUACCAUGUUGCGAUCCUCCAGUGUCAAAUCACUUCCAUCUCUGCGACCCAAAGCAAAGCCUUUUCGACGGCAACCUCUAAUCAACACCACUCACCAAGGUUUGGAUAUUGAUGCAUUCCUAGCUCAUUAG